AUGACAGACGACGUGGACCAGCAACAACCGACCAACACCGUAGAAGAGCCCUUGGAUCUCAUCAACCUCAGCCUAGAUGAGCGAAUUUAUGUGAAAAUGAGAAAUGACAGAGAGCUUCGAGGCAGAUUACAUGCUUAUGAUCAGCAUUUAAAUAUGAUAUUGGGAGAUGUGGAAGAAACUGUGACUACCGUAGAAAUUGAGGAGGAAACAUACGAAGAGAUCUAUAAAUCAACAAAACGGAAUAUUCCGAUUCUUUUUGUCUGGGGAGAUGGUGUUGUACUAGUUGCCCCUCCAUUAACAUUCAGCUGA